CUUACUUCUUAAUUACAAAGUAGCUAGCUAGUAUGGCAUCGAGUUCAAUCACCUCUUCCUCCUCGCCGUGGACCACGAAGCAGAACAAGAUGUUUGAGAAGGCAUUGGCGGUGUACGACAAGGAUACGCCAGAUCGUUGGCACAACGUUGCUCGUGCUGUCGGUGGGAAGACCAUCGAUGAAGUGAAGCACCACUAUGAGCUGCUCGUUGAGGACAUCCGCCUCAUCGAGAAAGGCCACUUGCCUUAUGCUCACUACCUUUCUUCAGCAAGAAGAGCAGUUUGAAGAGAAGUAGCUAGAUCAAAGUAUUCAUCUCCUCUUACAGAUCAACCAGGAAAAAGAUCUUGCCAUAAAGAUCUAAGAAAGAUUAUUGUAAUACCUUCUCUAUCUCAUUUUAGCGAUCAACUGAAAAUUGUAUAUAUAUCUCUGUAUGGACGUUGGGACUAUUUAAG